GGAUUGUUGAUCUAUGUAAAGCCGUCAGAGUAAUGGACUCUCUAUGAACAUGGUCGUCAAGUGUUUACCAAGUCUGAUAUAGCUACAUGUCUAGGCUUUAGUACAAUGGGUAACACACCAGAGAACGAGAAAGCAUUGCGCUACAUAGCUCAGCUAGACGAAGCACGCUGCAGUGGAAGAUGGCAAGAUAUUCCAGAGCUAUGUCGGAAAAUUGAAAAGCAUGCGCCUCACCGCCGAUGUUUAACUCUCACUGCGCGAUCCGAGGCGCAAAUUCAUGCACACAGCUCACAGAGACCUUCCACCGCUGCUUCCACGUCUUCGGCCGGCCUUUCGAACAUAAUACCGUCCCUGCUGAGUGCGAUUGAGGAAGAGGACCAUGCACAGGACUCGUUUCAGGCAACUGUGUGUUUAGGAUGGCUUCACUACGUUCUCAAUGAGCCUGGCCUUGCUGUCGCGAGGUUGCCAAAGGACUUUGCGCUCACUGCCAGUCAAAUGAAGAACAUUGGUCCACUCAGUGGCUGGACUAGGGUAUGCAUUGUGAAAGGUGCUUUCCUGAAAGGAUCCUCCCAAGAUAGAACAGGUCUAAUCGACGAAGCUAUCGAGACCUAUCGCUCCGUCAUCCCAUGGCUUUCGAGCCUAACCUCCAUCAGCAAUGAAUCGUCCCUGUUCAAGUCGUGGAUCGAGCGUUUACUCGUUCGGUUGUGCCAGCUCUCUGAUCUCUCCGUGAAAAGAGGUGAACCAGUGGAUGCAGAAGACGCUUUGUACGCCUACCGUUAUUGGGCUAAAUACUGGGAGAGCACAGGAAAAGGCGUAACAGGGGUAGACAUGGCUCCUCACCGUCGCUCGGCUUGGAAAGCAUACUAUGAUUCCCUCUCCGAGAUCCUACGUCAUAAUCUGCCUUACCAUCCUGAAAACACAACACAAAAUGCAACCACCGCCACCGAGCCAGAGGAAAAAUCCAUUCAACCACGCGAGAAGCUGCAGCAGCGAGCGGAGCUCAAGCGCGUCGAGGCUGUAUACGAAAGCUUGCUGCUGAAAGAAACACACUUCCCCAAGGCGAGUGAGAACAAUUCAGAGAUUGAAGCUUGGACAGAUUCAGUCAUGAACAAUUGGCUGUACAUGUGUGGCCCAACUUGGAGCGAUAGCGAUCUCGGAGAGGGCGGGAAAGAGGCCGUGGGCAGAGGUGUGCUUGACAUACUCUACCGUGCAGCUACAAAGACUUUCCAUUCCACGCAAGUCCUACGACAUUUGUUCACCGUUCACGCCUCACUUGCGGAGUUUGAUUUAGCAUUCAAGGCAUACGACUCUUACGUAGAGAUUAUCACCCGCGGUAAAGACCGUACUGAAAAGUCCGGGGAAGUUGAUGCUGGGCUUGACGACGAUAGCACGGUUCUCCGAACAUCAGCCGAAGCCAUCCGAGUACUUUGUCGUUUUGGUUCCCGGAAAGAAGCCGCCAAAGCUGUUGAGAUCGGCGCCCAGAUUGAACACUGGCUGGAACAAAUUCAAAAUAUUCGACCUUCAGGCCCUGAAACCGGUCCUGUGAGAUCGAUUGAGACGUUGGUUCUCCCGAAAGCCCUAUCGAUUGCAUAUAGCGCAAUUGGAAUCAGCCAAGCUCACUGGGCACAUCACACAUACGAAGCAGAUGCCCGGAGAGCUAUUCAGUCAAAGGCUGUCCAGUAUCUUCGCAAAUCGGUGGAGCCGAAAUUCGAGGAUCCACAUAACAUCGAAGCUUUGUAUGCCCUGACACUUGUACUCGCUGAGAUGAGAGAUGUUCCAGGUGCGAUAAAAGUCGCAAAGCGCGCACUUUCUUCGGCAACGAAGAACGAUUCCACACUGAGCGCCGACGGGGUGUUAUCAAACGGAUUGAAGACCGAGUAUGGCCGAGAGAGGAAAUUGAUUCCGAUGUGGCAUCUCCUCGCGCUACUAUUAACAGCCAGGUCUGAAUAUACUGCUGCUGAAAAGGCAUGCGAAGCGGCUUUUGAACAAUUUGGCGACCCAGCUUUACUCUUUGGAUCGGAAGAUGACAAUGCAAGCUACCGGAGCGAGCAUCUCAAUGAGUUGAGUGGCAAGAACACUCAGUCAUCCCCUCAGGGCAUUGUGGACCAAAUGACCAGUUUCGAGAAGACCGGAAUUUUGCAGAUCAAAAUGACUCAACUUGCCUUGGUAGAAGUAGUUGAGGGCGCAGGCGCCGCUGUGGAUGGCUGCGACGAACUUCUUGCUCUCUAUGCUCGACUGUUCGGAGAUCCAACCGCAGACCAAGCCCAACUUCAGCCUCCCCCUACGUCCGUUGCUCCACCAAAGAGUGCUGUUGGAACGAUUCGCAACAGCAUAUUCCGCACAAGAGGCUCCAUCAGGAACUCAUAUCCCGACAAGUCCACCCGAGACUCAUCGGCCACGACUCUCCGUCCGCCCACAGCGGCAGGUCAACCUGCUGCUGCGCCGGCUAUCCAAGUUACAGACGAGAGUGGCGCCGACCACGCAAAGCACCACGUUCACCUUCCACACUUGCCGCGUCAUCGACACGAAGACGAGAAAUCGGGGGUCACUCGUACUCCAAGCAAGCUCAAGAAAAGGAGUGCCAACAGUCUGCGUCGAAAAGCGGAUAGUGAAGCCGGAACAGCAUCUGAUGUUCCCGGUCUCCCAGAUGCAGCCAAUGGUUCAGCAUUUCGGAAUAGUAUCGGAUCUCGAGGCCGCCGCUCAUCGAAUGCUAGCUCUUUAAGGAAAUCGGUUGAUGGACAUGACAGACAACUGCGUUCUGUAGCCCACAAUCUGCCUAAUUCAUCAGAACCUCCACCAGUUGGUCAUGCGAAGCAGCCACCGAAGCAAGACGCAAGACUACCUGUUCCUUUCCCAGGAGCCGACUACAUCCCACCUUCUCCGCGUUUCUCGAAGUUGCAGAGCCGCAGACAUCGCGUGACGCUGUUGGUGGAUAUCUGGAUCUUCAUCUCAGAUCUGUAUCUGAAGGCAGAUAUGUUGGAAGAUUCCAAAGGGGCAGUCAAUGAAGCUUUCAAGCUUGUCGAAAGCUUCGAGGCGGAAGUCGCUCAAGAAGGCUCAAGUAGCAAAGCGUUUGCUGAUCGAGGGUGGGGUGGUGGUAAGAGUGUGGAAGAGCUCUGGGCUGAUUCUUUUGCAGCACGUGGACAACUAUUACUCGCACAAUCUCUCAAGCACGAAGCGCGUUCAGAGUUUGAGCGUGCCGUGAUGCAUUAUCCAGACCAUCCGCAAGCUAUCGUAGGGUUGUCAAAUAUCUUGCUCGAUAUUUACUGCCAAGCUGUCCCACUGGAGCCAACGCAAGUCUCAGAGGAGCUGGCAAUUUCGUCGUCGCCAUCUACGUCCCCUGCUACUGAGACUACCCCUUCAACCCAACAACAGCGCUUGAGUUCACAUACCCCGUCGGCAGAGAAUCAAAUCUCGCCUCCGGAACUAAAUCGUUUGGCUGCGCGUGAUCGUGCAUUUGGGCUACUCUCUACACUCACAAAGCUGGGAACUGGAUGGGAUUACUCAGAGGCCUGGUAUACACUGGCAAGAGCAUACGAGGAGAGCAACCAACUUGAUAAGACAAAGGAAGUCCUUUGGUGGUGCGUGGAGUUGGAAGACACACAUCCCGUGCGAAGCUGGAAAAAUGUCACCUUGGGUGGACUUGUACUGUAGAUUACGGGAUAGGAUGGCAGAACGAUACGUACAUAGGAUGUCGACGAUACCCUUUGAGAUCAUUAGCGAUCAUGGCGAAUAUUGUAAUAGAGCGACUACUGGAGAUUAGCCCGUUCGCAUCUCCAUCAGCAGAUUUUGCGAACGGUGACGUGCAUGGACCUCAGUUUCACCAGCAAAAUCAAUAGAAUCUUCAUAACCUUUUUUUGAGC